AUGAGGUUGUAAGUGGCGGCAGUCUGUGGAUCUGCAAAGGAGGGCUGAUCAUCACCCACAGCAGGUCCACCCCCUUCUUAAUUGCCAGCUCAUAUAGUCCCUGCCAGAAGUCUGAAAGCAGCAGCUUCCACUCCGGCGGGCCAAAAUGAUGGAGAAUGAGAUCUUCGCCUCUUUCCUCUUUUUCGCCACGCUGUUGAUCCUGAAGAUGUACGCCACGGCUAUUCUCACGGGGCAGGUCAGGCUUCGGAAGAAGGCAUUUGCCAAUCCUGAGGAUGCUCUGAAACACGGUGGCUUGGAGUUCCACAGAGAAGACCCCUAUGUACAGAGGUGUCUCAGAGUUCAUCGGAACGAUAUGGAAACCAUCUACCCGUUUCUGUUCAUCGGGACCGUCUAUAGUUUCCUGCAUCCCAAUCCAGUCGUGGCUCGGAUCCACUUCUUGGUUUUCUUCCUGGGCCGGAUGGUUCACACCGUGGCGUAUCUCCUCCAGAUGAGACCUCCCAUCCGUUCGGUGGCCUACAGCGUGGCCCAGAUUCCCUGUUUCUCCAUGGCCUUACAGAUCCUCAUUUCAGUGAUCAGACGCCAGUGACUGUCGGUGGCCUUCGUCCCCGUGGCUCGUGGGUCGUGUUAAACGCAGGACAUGAAGGACAGCAAGAAUCUAAAUGGAGGGAAUAAAUGCUUCACCAUAUGGCUGUAUUUUGCGUAACUAGUUUUGGCUUGGGAGAUAAAGACUAUAAUGGAUGGAUUUUUGUAUCUCCUGGUCUUUGGGUUCUAAGGCAUGGAUGGUAUUUUUGUAAGGUCCAAGUUUGGUUUGGAGAAAUUUAAGAAGUGGGCAAACUAGGAACAUCCCAACUUGGGUGGGUGUGAAUGAAAAGAGAUUGUUCCUUCUGCAUCAGUUGAAGGAUGAAAUACUUUCUCAUCCAAAGGGCCACCUAACCUCAGCAGAAAUCUCUUGAGCUGCCCGUUCCAUCUACGAGAUGUUCAGGGUCCAGCGUGGGUUGACAUAUGGAUGUGACUCUUAAUCUUCACAUUGUUUGUAAUUGAACAAAUAAAACACAU